AUGGAAAAUUCUCCUUCGACUGUCAGACGGCACCGGAAUCCACUAUGGAGUCGAAUGCCAGAUGAGCUUGAAAGGGACGUGCGCGGAUUCCACAAGCGAGUUCAACUAGAAGACGUCGUAGAUGUCGAUCUACUUAUUCGAGGAGCACGUAUAGCUCAAAAUCCGACAAAUCUCGCGAUUCCCGGUUUGACGAAGUCAGAAAAGAAGGCUCUGGUGGCCGAGAAAACUUCUGAAUUCUUCCAGCAAUCCAAAGAUCUCAAGGUUACAAUACUAACAACUGCGUGUGCUGCAAUCACACAGGGGUGGCAGCAGUCAUCCAUAAAUGCUAGUUCAAACUUCUGGAAAUGCGCCUUUGGUCAGGAGCACAAUGAACUACUGGCCGGGCUGAUUGAUGCGGCCCCAUGGCUAUCUGGCAGUAUAAUAGGGGCAUGGUUGAGCGAUCCUCUACAAGAGGGAAAAUACGGUCGACGACCUGCACUUUUUGUGUCUGCUGUAUUCUGCGCCGCGUGUGUGCUAGGAAGCGCUCGGUGCGAAACAUGGCAGCAGCUGCUGGCGUGCCGUUUACUUCUCGGAAUAGGGAUCGGAGCAAAAGCGUCAAUCGCCCCUGUAUUUGCGGCUGAAGCAGCAGUUGACCAUCUCAGAGGCCGACUUCUAAUGAUGUGGCAGGUGUUUGAUACUUUUGGAAUAUUUCUCGGCUUUGCUGUUGUUUGGAUUGUUGACCACAACUGGAGGAUCGUCUUAGGAUCAGCUGCGAUACCCGCCAUCGUCCUCUUAUUCCUCGUGUUUGCCUGUCCCGAGUCUCCUCGAUUCCUCAUUCGAACAAACAACUAUCAAAAGGCUUAUGAAAGUCUCCGCCAUCUCCGUGGAACGGACAUUCAAGCUGCACGAGAUCUGUAUUAUAUACACAGUCAGCUACAGACAGAAACCGAACUGUUGCUGGAAACUCCUCCGGGAAAUUGGUACAGUCGCGAGGCCUACCAGGAGGUUUUGAGGAAUAUGACCUUUUUCCAGCGAGUCAAAGCUCUCUGGACUAAGCCACGAAACCGCAGGGCUUGUCUGACUGCGUUUCUGGUUAUGGCAGCACAACAGUUCUGUGGGAUUAAUGUGGUUUCUUUCUACUCGUCUAUGCUCUUUGGUACGCUAUCUGCAAAAAAUAGCGUAGACUCGUGUCCCUCGGGAAAGCCCGGAUUCACGGCAGAAGAUGCUAAAACGGCCUGGCUGAACUUUGGAUUCGGUCUCGCAAACUUCCUCUUUACACUCCCGGCUUACAGGUACAUUGACUGGCGCGGUCGUCGAUUCCUCCUCCUCAUUUCUUUAGGGGGGAUGUUUUUCUCCCUCCUGGCUAUAAGCCUUUUUCUCCGCAUACACGACGCCAAUGUCCGCCUUGGACUGGUUGCCACCUUUACAAUUGGCUUCUUUACCUUCUUCUAUGGGAUCGGGGCCGGACCAGUCCCGUUUACUCUAUCUGCCGAGGUGUUUCCCCUCGCGUUCCGCGAAGUCGGAAUGUCCUUUAGCGUCAUGGUCAAUUUCCUCGGAUUAGGGCUUUUGGUUCUCUUUGUCCCGAAGCUGAUCACUGCGUUUGGGGGAAAGGAUCCAAGCGAUGCUACCGGACAAUCGAACCUACUGUUUCUGUUCACGGGACUGAAUGUGUUUGCCUUUGUGCUUGUGUUUCUAUUUGUCCCCAGCGGUCUGGCCAGAGUCAACCUCGAGGAGAUGAACUUUAUCUUCAAUACGGAGACCUCCCGCCAUGUCCAGACUCAUUUGGACGGGCUGAAGAGGGUCUGUGGUGGGAAGAACCGACGUGCAGGCUUGGAAUACUCCUUAGAUGAUGUACAUGGGCCUGUUGAGUGA